AUGGACACCCACAGCCCCCAUCUCCCGCAGGGCAGCAGGAUGGCCCAGCAGCGCCAUGGUAUCCCCCCACCACUCAAGACAGAGGAGGACUACAUCCCCUACCCCAGCGUGCACGAGGUGCUGGGCCGGGAGGGGCCGUUCCCCCUCAUCCUCCUGCCGCAGUUUGGGGGUUACUGGAUCGAGGGCACCAACCACCAGCUGAGCGGGGCACCCGAGUCCCCCCCCACCCCGGCACCCAGCACCCGGGCAAGGCUUGAGGGCAACCACACGGCCAAGAUCUACCGCAAGCACUUCUUGGGCAAGGAGCACUUCAACUACUACUCUCUGGACCCCGCGCUGGGCCACCUCGUCUUCUCCCUCAAGUACGACGAGCAAGAGCACCUCCACCUGCUGCUGCGCACCCGUGCCCGCACCCUGCACGACGUGGUGCCCAUCUCCUGCCUGGCCGAGUUCCCCAACGUGGUGCAGAUGGCCAAGCUGGUGUGCGAGGAUGUCAACGUGGAUCGCUUCUACCCUGUGCUCUACCCCAAGGCAUCCCGCCUCAUCCUCGCCUUCGACGAGCACGUGCUCAGCAACCACUUCAAAUUUGGGGUCAUCUACCAAAAACUGGGGGUCUGCAAUUCCUUUUGCCCCCCCGGUGUGACCACCCCCCCGUUCCCCGUGUCCCCCCCAUCCCCACAGCUGCAGCGGAAGCGUCACAUCGGCAAUGACAUCGUGGCCAUCGUCUUCCAGGAUGAGAACACCCCCUUCGUCCCCGACAUGAUCGCCUCCAACUUCCUCCACGCCUUCGUGGUGGUGCAGCUGGAGCAGGGCGCCUCCCAGGGGACCCUCUACAAGGUCUCCGUCACUGCCCGUGACGACGUGCCCUUCUUCGGCCCGCCACUGCCCGACCCUGCCGUCUUCAGGAAGGGCCCUGAGUUCCAGGAGUUCCUGCUGACGAAGCUCAUCAACGCCGAGUACGCCUGCUACAAGGCCGAGAAGUUCGCCAAGCUGGAGGAGCGGACGCGGGCGGCGCUGCUGGAGACGCUGCACGAAGAGCUGCAGGCCCGCAGCCAGGCCAUGCUGGGGCUCGGCCCCGACGACGAACGUCCCGACAACGGCGCCGCCGCACCGGGAUUCUUCGAGUCCUUCAAGGUGGGGUACGGCGGGGCGGGCGUCGUCCGUCGUCCUCCCCCGCCAAAACUGCGGGACGGGGGCGCCCGGCGGUACCGGGGGGCGCUGCUGGUGCCCGGGAAGAGCCCGUCGCGGCGGCGGCCCGGGCCGCUCGCCUCCCGCCGCUCCAGCGCCAUCGGUAUCGAGAGCAUCCAGGAGGCGCCGGCCGGCAGGGACGGCCCCGCCGCCGCCCCCGCCGCCCCCGAGGGCGCCUGCUCCGCACACAGCUCCCCCGAGAGCCGCCGGCACCCCGACAGGGCUGAGAAGCCGGAGCCGCCGGAUUUCUCCCGCUCCUCCUCCAGCGCCAGCAGCUUCGGCAGCGCCACCGAGGAGCCCAGCGAGCCGGGCAGGGAGAGCCGCUCACCCUCGGGGACCCACCGCGACGCCUUCACCGACACUCCCUGGCCAGAUGACCCCCCCGGUAUCCCCCCAGGCCACCGUCCCCCUGACCCCCCCUGCCCCGAGAUCAAAAUCCAGCUGGAGCGGCCCCCCCAGAAUCCGACAAUCUCCAUCACCCCAACUACCCCUUGGGGUGUGUGA